AUGCGGCCGCAGAGCUCCGUCUUUCGCCACCGCGCCCAGCUGCACGAGGAGGCUGAGUCCGGUCGCGCGAACGCCGGUGUGAUCAGCGAGGCGACGGAGGAGGAGAACGACGAGCUGAUGCGGGCGCUGCUGGGCGACGUGCGCUCCGUCCGGCACAAAUUCACUGCGAUGGGGGCGGAGGUGCGGCGGCAGAACACGCUGCUGGACGCGCUCGACGCGGUGUUCGGCCGCACCCGCGCGCGCCUUGGGCGGACGCUGCGGCAGUUGGACGUGGCGGGGGUGACGAGCGUCACGCACAUGUGGGUGCUGUUUGUAUUUGUCCUCCUCGUCUUCCUGCUGGUGUACGCGAUGCUGAAGCUCCACUGA